AUGAAUAGUUUUGUUGAACAUAUGAUUCGGGGAUUCCUCAGGGAUGUCGGGAAGUUUCCUCUGAUAAAACUAGGCAAUAGCGGAUGCUUUUGUUGCACAUCUGAAACAAUAAGCAGUUGUUUGUACGCAAUUAAUUUCUCACUUGUCCCUUCCUUCUGUGCGCAGUCACCUUUAUUGGGUGUACAUUACGGCCCUUUGGUUAUGCAGGCUAUUACUGAAGGUACAACAAGGAUUUGGAACUACAGCAUGGGACAUAUUACCAUUGAAAGUAAACUAAUGGUGUGGAGAUUUUCAGUCAUGCAGAGUGCUGAUAAAAACGAAGAAGCAUCAUCUCCUCCAGAAAGAAUGUUAUUAGGAAAUAACCCUUUAGGGACUAUUCAAACAUGCUUUACUGCCUCAAAUGGUUAUAAUCGGUCAUCAUUAUUCAGACGUUUGACCCGGAGCGGUUCCCUAGGUUCACCUAGCUCCAAACCAAUAAUGGCCGCUGCUACGGUGAAUACAACAGGUAACCACAAAAAGCACAGGGAGUAUUAG